CAGAUAGAGCAGGAUGGGAGCCUCCAUGUCCACACCUGCAGCUCCUACAGUCAGAGCAGAGGCCAUGAUGGCUGCCCCUCCUCAGGGCUGCCCCAUGCACCAAGAAGCCCAGCCUGUCAAAGUGUCUCCACCUUCAGAGUGUCCCAUGCAUCAAGCUCAACCAGUCAAAGCAUCUCCUGAAGCGUCUCCUGUAGCCUCUCCUGUAGCCUCUCCUCCGCCCGAGUGUCCCAUGCACAAAAAAGAAGCAGCCCCCGCCCACCAGGACCGGGCCUACGAGUUUGUCGAGUGUCCUAUGAAAGCUGCAGCAGCCGCCAACAGUGACAUCGACCCAACAAAUAUGAUGCCUCCUCCUAACCAGGUGCCAGCUCCAGACCAGCCCUUCCCCCUGCCCGUUGUCAGAGAGGAGUCCACAAUCCCUCGUCACGGCUCAGAAAAGCACUGGGUUUACCCGUCCGAGCAGAUGUUCUGGAACGCCAUGCUGCGGAAGGGGUGGCGCUGGCGUGAGGAUGACCUCGCUGCUCAUGAUAUGAGCAACAUCAUUAAAAUCCACAACACCAACAAUGAGCAGGCCUGGCAGGAGAUCCUCAAAUGGGAGGCCAUGCAUGCAGGUGAAUGUCCAUGUGGUCCAAGCUUGAAGAGGUUUGGCGGCAAAGCCAAAGAGUUCUCACCAAGGGCUCGCAUCCGCCACUGGAUGGGCUAUGAGCUUCCCUUUGACCGUCAUGACUGGAUCAUCGACCGCUGCGGGAAGGAGGUGCGCUACGUCAUCGACUACUACGACGGCGAAAUCAACAAGGACACCUACCAGUUCUCCAUCCUGGAUGUACGCCCCGCCUUCGACUCUUUAGGUGCCGUGUGGGACCGCAUGAAGGUGGCCUGGUGGCGCUGGACCUCUUAAAGGACUCAUAUAUAUAUAUAUACACACACACACACAGAUAUUUAGGUGACUGUGUGAACUACAAACACAUGCGGGGAAUUGUGAAAGUGAUGAUCCUCAUUUCUCCUCUUUGCCAGAUGUGUGGUGCUGUGUAAAGAAAGUAUCAACAGACUCGAGAAGAAUAAAAGAAAUGUUUUUAGCAGAACCUCACAGUUAGCCUGUAACAAGCUUUAUCUGCUAAUCAUCAUGAUUUCAAUGCAAAAUUAAUUUUGAGUUUUAAUUGCAGUUGAACAGCGUGUGUAUCUGAGCUAGAGAAGGUUUGUCUGACAGGUCACAUAUUCAAACUGCCUCUGGAGGUCUGCCCUCACUCUGCUUUCAUUGCGUAUGUAACAAUAGGAACAGCUUACUCACCUAAAGGGACAUUCCACCAAUUUCCACCAAAGUUAACUUAACUUGUCAUAUAGAGCACUGCUCAGCCAAUCAGAACAGUUGUAUAAUGUCUUCUGUGGCUUUAGAGGAGCUUUGUCAAACCUAAAGGAAAAAAACCCCUGAUGACAUCAUAGUGAUGUAAUCUCAGUUUGGGUUUGUGGUUGACAAGUGUUUAAAAGUGUGGGCAUUUACUUUGCAGGAAGGGUGUAAUAAUACUAGAUGUUAUCACAUUGUAUUGUGGGAAAUGUAGGAUCCAGUGUUUUUGGAGUUGAUACUUAAUAGUAAUGAGAGUAAAGAUGAUUGAUUAAAAUAAUUGUCCUUCUGUAAUGAAUCUCUGGUUACAGGGAGGGUGUAAGUAUUUCAUCGUUAGUGAUAUCAGACAAAUGUAUACUUUAUUUUAUUAGAUCAUUUGGCAUCUUUCCUGGAUUUAACAGUGACAGUAACUGCAGGAGAGAAGUCCCAGCCAGAAUCAAACCAUUGAACCAGGGAUGAUAAAGCAUUGCACUCAUUUGAUAUUAGACUCAUGAUGGCCAAUCACUUGACACAGUUCAUCAGUUUUCACACAGCUCCCUCUGGAGCCACAAAAGGCUUGAAACACACGGAAUACCAGGAAACACACACUGAUUUGGAAACAUAUAGGAAUUCCCUUUUAUCUGCAAUAGUUUCAGUUUGCUUUAAAUGCUGUAAUAAUUAACUUAUACGUCAUGACUCCAGCGGCAGUUUGAGUUCAUACAAUAAGUUUGGUUCUCUUCACCACAGUGAUGCUUUUCAUGAGUCUGUCUUCUCUCUGCCUUUGUACAGUGUAUCUGCUAUGACUGUAUAGAUGUAAGUACCACUGCAGUUCCAUCCUGUCAGUCACUGUUGGAGAAACAAUAGUUACUGUCUGUUUCACCAGCAUCAUCAUCAUCACUGGUGAUAACGGUUUGGACAAAUGAACUGUAGGGGUUUAGGGUGUUAGUCUAGUCUAAAGGAGAUAUAGUUAUAUUUUUGUAAAAGGACCAGGAUGGAUAUCAGUGUCGCUAUUGAAUCCUGUAACUCUUAUUUUCCUCUUCCCUUCUUAUUGUGGUUAGUUUGCCCUGAUGUGUCUUCAGUUGGACAUCGGGGACAAGUAACAGAUGAUUGAUUGCAGGUUAAAUUGAAAGUCACAUGACACGUCCAUAUACUGUAUUACCCUGUUCUUGCAGUACUUAAAUUCUGUAUUUCACACAAAGGGAUUAAAAAAAAGGUUAAUCAGAUAACAUUUGCUUGGAUAUAAGUCACAUCACCAUUUGGUCUUGCAUUGUUUAUGAUUUCACUGUGAAACAUUUCAGCAUCCAAUUCUGCUAUAUUAUAUAUUUUUGCUUUUGCUGACAUUCAGGUUUUUAUUUAUUUUUGUCUGUAGAUUUGUGGGAUGCUUCUGUUCCCAGACAGUGUUUAUCUCGAAUGAUUUUACUAGCUCUGGUGGUCUGCUAAACUAUCAAUAAAGCUGGUCCUUCUGCC